CAGGGUCGCGCUGCACGGACCGAGUGGGAGCGGCGGGCUGCGUCUCCGUCCAGGGCACGCAUGGGCAUCCUGACCGCGGUGACCCGGGGCCUGGUCCGCGGAGCGGACCGCAUGAGCCAGUGGACGAGCAAGCGCGGGCCGCGCACCUUCAACAAGGGCCGCGGUGCCAAGGGCACCGGCGUGCGCGCCUCGGGCGGGAGGUUCGUGCUGGUGGAGGAGAUGGCUCCGGAGUUCGUGGUGUCGGACUUGCCGCUUCAGCUCAAGCCAUACGUGUCUACGGCAGAUGAGAGUCUGCUUAUUAUGUGA